CUCCUAUUAGUCUAUACUCUGCAGAAGACGAAAAUCGCGGUAGCGUACGCAUGCGUUCUAUAUUUAAAUAUUUUACGCGCUCUUAGCACUAAAUGAUAGUCAAAUAAAAAGUUUUGAAAGUGAAUUUUAAAAAUGGAACUCACCUUAUUGAUUCUUCUCUUCGUCUGGCAAAUGUUGCCAGCUGUGUUCGCCCACCAAUUCAUUUCUCAUGUUUAUGUGACAACCCCAGCUCACAGCUAUAGUCAUGGUGUUGGUGAUCUAGUGUCUAUCCAGAGACGUCACGUGACACCCAUAAGGAAUUUACGAUUACCCCAGAUGACCCAAGCGCAGCUAGGAUACUCUCGGCAACGGCCAUCCAUUCCGUUCCACGUAGAGGAGACUCCGAGAAUGUUACCAUGGCAACAAGACAUGCGCUACGCUGAAAAAAUUCCUCUGCUACCUCCAUCUCCGUACAAAGUGGACUCGGCGGAUCCCGAAUCCCUCUGGCCUGAGGGAUUAUUCAUACCACCUCCACCUUUGCAAUUUGACAUACAAAGAAGGUCGAGCCAGAUUAAAAAUUCGAGGCCUUCAAGGGAUGAUGAUUUCUUGGACCCAUAUCUUCUUCAAGGCUCCGAGGCAAUAUUAGCCAUAGAAAAAACUAAACAACACGGCGAAUUAUAUUUUCACGACGUACCUCACAUACAAUCAUUGCUGACCAAUCAACAGCAUCGCGUGGAAAACAACUUAAAGCCCCACCGUCUUGGCAGUAUACGACAUACUUGGCCGUUCAACCGCACUUAGUAAUGUACAGAAACUUCAAUAAAUUACCUCCAUUAAAUAAUGUAUGCUUUUUUGUCCUCCACCCCGAGGAAAAACAGAAGUACCCAAACCAUCUAUUUUCGAAUAUAACUUCCGUAUGUCAAACCCGUUAGUAUCAUUCUUGACAUGCGGAAGUCAUACUUAGCGCUAAGUCCGACUCUGUAUAUAAUCAUUGCAUUAAAACAUGGACUAAAAUUACUAUAAUAUUUGUUAUUAUGGUAAACAUCACUGUUUGUAUGAUUAAGAUAUAAAAAAAUAUAUUUAUGAAAUUAGACAAUACAACUAAGUAGA